CUUUCCUUCACUACACAGCCCAUAACUCACUCUCUGUCUCUCUCUAACUCAAGUCCAUCGAAUUCUCCGGCUUGAGAAAGUGAAUUUUCGACACUUGAUGCAUAUUCUUGAUCACCCAAGAAACGGGUUUGAAGGUCUAUAUCGAAAGGAGUCAUCAUCAAAUUGUAAUCGGAAAAGGUCAAAAUGCGGACAGCCGACAAGAAUUUUCCGGCGAGGGGUUUCUCCACCCCUCCUCCGUCGUGGAAGUCGAAGAGGACGUCGCCUAUGAUGCCGGCAUCGGAGAAGAAGCCUCAGGCCAAAGGUGAUCUUUUUCAUGUCAUUCAUAAGGUGCCCGCCGGCGAUUCUCCGUACGUCAGGGCCAAACAUGUUCAGUUGAUUGAAAAGGAUCCAAGUAGGGCCAUUUCUCUGUUCUGGGCUGCUAUUAAUUCUGGUGAUCGAGUUGAUAGUGCCUUGAAGGAUAUGGCAGUGGUAAUGAAACAACUGGAUCGAUCCGAUGAGGCAAUUGAGGCAAUUAAAUCUUUCCGUCAUCUAUGCCCCCAUGAAACUCAGGAAUCUCUUGACAACGUUCUUGUUGAACUUUUCAAGAGAUCUGGUCGUAUCGAAGAACAGAUUGAAAUGCUUCAACUUAAACUGAAGCACAUUGAAGAAGGUAUAGCAUUUGGUGGGAAGAGGACAAAGGCAGCUAGGUCUCAAGGGAAGAAGAUACAUGUCACAAUUGAACAGGAGUACUCAAGGUUAUUGGGAAACUUGGCUUGGGCCUACUUACAGCAAAAUGAUUAUAAAUCUGCUGAAGAGCUUUAUAGAAAAGCACUUUCUCUUGAGGCGGAUAAGAACAAGCAGUGCAAUCUGGCAAUCUGCUUGAUGCACAUGAACAGGAUGACAGAAGCUAAAUUUUUGCUUCAAACCAUAAGAGCUUCAUCCGAAGAUGGACAAAUGGAUGAGUCGUAUGCUAAAUCAUAUGAGCGUGCUUUUCAGAUAUUCACUGAAUUAGAAUCACACUCCAGUGUGAAGCCUGUUGCUGGGGAAGGAGAGAGCCAUAAGGAAAUUCGAAGUCUUCCCACAUCCCUUAUUUGUUCUGACAAUGGAAUUUCAAAAAUUGCACCAUAUGGAUCAAGAAAUGGUUCACAGUCUUCUCCAAAGACUUCAUUUGCCGAUAAAUUGAAAGGAUGUCACGUUAGAAACCAAUAUGAAAGAAGGAUGGCUGAUUUUGGUAGCAGAAGUAAGGACAACAGGAUUAAUAUGAAUGGAAGAGAAGUAGGUUCUACUGGAAAGAAUGUGUUUACUUCUCCACUUCCUGCCAGGGGAAUUCCUAAAGUCCCAUUUACACAACCCAGAUGUUCAUGGUCAUUCAGUAAUGGAGAUCAGAGGAGUGCAUUGGUGGGGGAUGAUCCGGUUGGUGGCUGCAAUCGUAAAUUAUCAUUUGAGCAAUCUACAACCACUGAAAAUGUGGAAUUACUGGCCAACCAAAAUCUUGAUAGACAAUUACCAGGUUCUACAAAUGGACGGACGAAAGCAGUAUUGCAGAAUAAAAGAAGUACUAGUCAAGAUUGGAGAAAGCGGGCAUGGGGAACUCGUGCUGAAGUGAACAAUGAAUCUGUUCUAUGGCCUACUGUUAUUGGAAACUCGAAGAUGAAUUCAUGGGAAACUGGUGGGCAGAAGAAAUUGGCAACGAAAGAGAGUAAUUCGCCUAUGGAAUCAGCAGUUGAUGUUAAAUAUAUGAGAGCAAUGGAAGCUUCCUCUGAUGGAGAUUGGGAUCGGAGUUCCAAAAUUACUGUUGCGGGCAAUGUGGGAUUGAAAGAAACAGUUGAAUCCUUUGCAGAAUAUAUGAAUUCAACCCAGGAACCCCAGAGCCUAAGCCAGCCUACUGAGCGAAAUCUGGCAAACCCCCAGGAAUUCUCCGAGUGUAAAAGUAAGAAGAGUUGGGCAGAUAUGGUUGAAGAAGAUGAACAAGAGUUAUUAGUUGGAAAUUCUGAUUUUCCAGAAAAUACAUGGGCUUUCCAUACUCCAAGCAAGUGCUCUGAUGAUUGGAAUUGUGGAGAAGAAUUUAAUGACGAAAAUUCUAAUUCCAACAUAAUUAGUCAAUCAUAUUAUCCACUGGAUCAGAUUGAGAAUCUAAGCCAAAAGAUAGAAUCAUUCAAUUUGAAAGAUGGAUAUUAUAGCCAACCUCAGAAUGAUGCUUCAUCAAGGAAUCAAACAGCGCGACGGUCUCUAUGUUUUGAUCAGAACAAGAAGCCAGACAGAGCAGAUAGCUUCUGUUCAUCUCCAUUGACGAAAAAGACCUUGAAUUUUCAAGGGCAUGACUCUUUGCUGUCUAAUGAAAGGGAGUGCACUCUGGGGAGUGGUAUAAGAUUGAUGAGGAGAAACAGAUUGCAGGUUUUCAGGGAGAUAACUCCUGAAAGUCCACGACCUUGAACUCGAGUUUCUAUUAGACAGGAAAAAAGAAAAAGAAAAUGCUUCCAUACCAACUUCAUUGGUUUAACCUGAUUUAGUUUGUGCUGAGUUCUGAUUCACUUGCAUUUUUAUUUGGUGUUACUUGUGUUAUUGCUGCAUUUAUUGUUGCAUUUUUUUUGUACAUAUGUGAGUUAAACAUAUAUUCAUUUACUUUAAUGAAGAACUUCAUUUUGAAUUCUUA